UCAGUCAUCGACAUGGGCAAAUCUACUAAGCCAAAAACAUUGGUGUGUGAUGCCAGGGAAAGCAUGUCUGCAAUAGUGGAUACCAUCAUAAAGGAGGUACAUCCAGAGGAAGAAGGGGAGGUUGCAUUCCACCCUGAUCUAACAGCUGCAAUAGCAAGACUGGAGGAGCUCAUAUCUCAGGGUAGGAUUGGUGCUCUCUCACGUGAUCUUACUCACCAAGUCAACCGCAUCAUUUCUGAGAGCAACUUGACCCCUCUGGUUCUGACAGUGGCGGCUGGAAAGAGUGCAUCCGAUACAGUCCUUACUGAGCUGAAGAGGAAUGACAAGACGGUGGGGAAGCCCACAGCUUACAAGCUGGUUCAGCUUUUUGCAGAGGAGUCUGUGAAGCGCCUCUUGCUUCCUAGCCUUGUGCCCUCUACAGCUUCAAUGAGUUUGGCUCAGGGAGUUAGUGUGCCGGCUAGCGUAUCUGAAGAUAGGAUUUCAUGUUCUUUUUCUACAUCAGCAUUUAGUGACACAGUCAGCCUGUUUACCAAAGUAUUGGUAAGCCAGGUCAUGGACUCUGUGGUUUCUGAUGCACAAAGCAGAGGGUCAUCUCCAACCGGAACUGUAACUGAUAUAGGCAGUCUACUGAGUGGUAAGUCCUACCCUCUGCCAUCUUUCUCCGCCAUCAGCAUGACAACAAGUGGGACCUCCAAUGCUGCACGAGGCUUUGAGGCCAACAUAGAUGCUGAGGAAAGGGAUACCAUCAGUUGUUUCGGUGUACCUCAGAGCAUUGUUUGUGAUCAGAAUUCAACCAGCCCGGAUGUUGCCUCGCUUUCAACCCCAUCCACUGACAACUUAGUCGGUGAUGAUGACUUCACCGGCCUCAUCAGCAUGUUAGUGGUGAGACUUCUGUCAAAAAUCCAAACCCAAACUGAUCUGUACCCAACUGACGUCACACGCACGUCACAAGACCUGAUUCCAAAAGUUAUAGCUGCCUUCUGUGCAUGGUCAGGCUGCUCUGAGACCCAAGCUUAUCCCAAGAACCUGAAGAGUCACAAAGUAUACAGCACCGUCUACAAACAUCUGUUGAAGGAGUUUGGCUCAGAGAAAAUACUCCAACUGGCUGUGUCGACUCAGGACUCCACAUUCAAUAGGAUUCUUGUGAAGUCAUUGAGCAAGGAGCUUCUCCACAGUUGUAACGAGGCAUCAAGAGCAGCCUCAAGAACAUCUUUCGAAGCCACCAGGCCAGAAACUCUUCUCAUGGCUGAAGAUGUGAAGGCUACCAGAGGGAAGCUGUCUUUCCUACAAAGGCUUGCCAGACUGAAAUUCGACUUGAAGCCAUUCAUGAUGGGAAACAAGAAGGAUUCCAAGAAGAAUUCCCGCCAUUCUGAAUCCAAAGACCAGACUACUGCUGAAGAUAUCAUGUUGACACAUCCUGGACUCCCAGAGGGUCUUCCCUCCACCUCUCAACAGGAGAAGCCUCGCAAACGUCCCCUUCUAAUCAGGAUGUUUUCCACCAUCUCCAUAGGCCUAUCCAAGCCAUUCAAACAGUUUUCAAAGCAAGCUUAAUACAACAAUUUCCUUUAAUACAGUAAUAUUUGCAUUGAA